UAGUCAUUUUCCGUUUCCUUUUAAAUGGUUGCGUAUUAAAGGCAAUUUUAAUCAAUACUCCUAUGCGGUAGAUGGCGAUAUAAAUGUUUAUAUUUGUAAAAUUACAAUUGAAAGACGAAGAAGAAAAUGAAGGUGUGAUAAAUAUGGCUUGUUUUGAAUAAGUACGGUGAUGAUUACAGAAAACGACAGAGUUCAAUUCUAAUUGUGGAAUUUUAACUUGCGUUUCGUUUUCGAAGAUGACUUCAUUUAGGAAUUUAUCCGGGGUAAACGUUGUGCUUGUUAUGGCAUACGGCAGCCUGGUUUUUGUAUUGCUGUUUAUUUUUGUGAAGAGGCAGAUUAUGCGGUUUGCUAUGAAGUCCAGAAGGGGUCCUCAUGCACCACUAGGGCACAAUGCCCCAAAGGAGCUAAAGGAAGAAAUUGACACUCGUUUGUCAAAGGUCCAAGGCAUAAAAUAUGAACCUAGGCUUCUGGCUGAAAGUGAUGAACGCCUUCGUCAGCAGCAGGACCUGGGCAGCCAAUGUUGCUAUAAUUACCUUUAUAGAAUGAGAGCUUUGGAUGCCAUUAGAACAUCAGAUAUUCCCUUUCAUGAUAUUGGGAAAAAUCCCAAGUCUUUAACUGGCAAAACUUUCAAAACGUUUCUUUUGGAACUGAGUACAUCUAAUUCGCCUUUUAAGGGAGUUAGAAAGAACCUAAUAGACACUUUACUAGAAGGUUAUGAUUUGGCUCGUCAUGGUACUGGGGUAUUUGGUGAAGCAGAGUACUUGAAGUACCAAGAAGCCUUAACUGAGCUUGCAGCUGUGCUAAAAGCAUGUACUGGGGAGAACAGCCAACGUGAACAGCAUCAGUGUGCAGCUAAAGACCUGACCAGCUCUCCUGAGACGUCCUCUCCAUCCACCAUCCAAGUAACCUACUUACCUUCCAGUCAAAAGAGCAAGAGACCCAAACAUUUCCUCGAGUUGAAAAGCUUCAAAGACAAUUACAACACAUUAGAGAGUACAUUGUAGUUCUGCAGUGCAUUGCUAAUCUACAGAGACUUGUGUGCUACGGUGUGCAGUGCCGAGAGUACUGUGGUGGUGGAUAUGGCCUGGUUAAUAUUAAAACCUUAUAAAGGAGAGCAAGCUGAAAUACAAAUGGACACAGCGUACAGUAAUUCUGCAUACUCGUCAAUUUUUUUUUUACUUCAAACUUUUUAAUGUUGGAUGUCUAUAUUCAUAAUGUAAAUAUAUACAGACUAAUGAAUAUAUAUAAUAUAUAUAUUAGGCUAUAUUAGGGCGGAAAGCUUUCAGUUACCGAAGAAUCAAACCCGCUCCUGUCUGAUCACAGCUCAUGAAGUUCUUGUUGUUGUUUUUGUCUACAGUAGAUGGUUUGGCUUGACUAGACUAAAUGCCCGUCGUCUUUCUGAAUUACAAAGAUGUCUUCAUGGGCAGUGUCAAGUCCUAUAAUAAAAAAUACAUUCUUCAAUUUAGGUCUCUUUUCUUGUCUUAGGCACCAAAAAUAUGACUGAUUUUCACACUCACUAUACAAAAAUGCAGGUUAUUUUAAAUCAUCAAUAAUUGCCAGAUAAAUUAUAUAGAGUAGUGUGUUAAAGUCUGGGAUCACUCUAGGAAAUUUUAUUUUUAAAGUUAGUUGGCAGUCAGUAAGUAGUUGUUUGGUCUUGAAUAUGCUUUAUAAAAUUGGGAUACAAAUAAAAGUAAAGUGAAAUUCUGGUGUUUUCCAGAAACCUAAGAUACAAAUAAGAUGGCUAGAACAACACAUUUUGACAGAUAUAAGAUCAGUUUUGUGUCAACAAGUCUGUUGAUCGGUACACAAUAGAACACCAAACGGGGUGUUAAAAAUCUGCUGUUCAAAAUAAAGACAUUGGGGAGAAAGAAAAAAAAAAAGACUUGAAAUGCGGUGGAAGACCCCAAAAUGUUAUCUGCUUUUAAUGACUGGUGUUUAAAGUUCACUUCCUUCUUUUGUUUGCUCAGCAUCUGGCUGCCAUCUGGCAUCAAUGAACAUGUGAAGAAGUCCUGAAAGAAACUAACUUGUAGGGCAUAUUGGAGCUAAGAAACUAUUGUCAUCUCUGGUUUUUAAUGUUGCAGAAAAGCAACAACCAGACGAGGCUGUGGUACACUGAGGACCUCUGAGCUUGGGGCGACAACUACUGAGAAGAGGUAGCCGAAGUACACUGGGGCCUGUCCGCUGCUCUCUGUGAAGCGUGGUGGCAGCUCUGUCGAGGUCUUCAGUGGUCACAAUCAAUGCAAUGACGACUGCAGAGAAGUAUAAAUAGAUUUUCAUUAUUUUAAUGCUGAGCCUUUUGGGGAAAAUUACUCAUUUCCAUAAAUGUUAUUAUUUAGCAAAGUGCCAACCCCGAAGACUCCGCUGAGCACAACUGAGACUUUCCUGGAGUUGAAGUCUGAAGGUCACCUAAAAUACUGACUUGUUUUAAAAAUGCGAAAGACUUUGUUGUGUUAGUGAUGAUGUUUAUUCUAAUGUGUUAGUGUUUAAUAAACCA